AUGUUGAGUCGCGCGGCCUUGCUGCGGGAGCACGAUAUUUUGUCCGCUGCUGCGGGGGCAAAAAAGCGUGCCCGUCCGGAAGUUUCCCUGAUUCACCGGAUCGAGCGCGUGCUUGUGGAAAAAAGUCUGUCGGCGCUCCCGGACAUGAGCAGCUUGCUCAGCAAAAUCAAGCUUGUGCAAGAGUUUCGAUCCUACAGCGAUUCUUCGAAAAGGUCUGCUGCCGGCGGCGACAUUGAGGCAGACUCCGUUCUGGAGAUGCGUGAGCGGGAACUCACAAGAUUCUGCUACAUUCUUGAUCUGUACAAGGAGCGCCGGUUCGGGUUCUCCGACGAGGUGCUGUAUGCCGAACGUAUUACCUGCAUUUGAAAUAACUACCUCUUGCGUGGUGACGUAAUUGCGAAACGCGGGCGCAAUCAUUGAAAUGAAAGUUAACUGCAUGCAAAUACUUCAAAAGCAAUCACAAUUGGGUGGAUGUACUGCUACGUGUUUCAUUCUCUCGAAAAAUUUUGAUUUUCAUGUGAGAAAAUAAUGGCACUCCAGGUGGCACUGCGGGGCUCGACGGCGGGUUCUCGGAGGAGAAGAAUGCGCUGUUUGUGAUCCUUCGUGGGAGGGUUCGCGUCACCGUCAACGGCGAAACUGUUUCGACGGUUUCCGACGGGGACCUGUUGAACGAACUGUGCGCGCUCGGUUUGUCGGAGGGCCGCACCACGGGGGCGGUUUGCGACACGCUUUGCGACAUCGCGGUCGUCCACCGCUCCGUGAUGCUGCGGGCAUUGGAGGACUGUCCGCAGUUGCGCCAAUUUCUCCAGAGUCGGGCGCUCGAAAGGGUGCGAGACAUUGUCGAAAGUCGGAGAGGAGGUGCUGGUGGACGAAGCAGUGGCCUCGCGAUGGCAAAAACGGCACUGUUUGACGACGAGCCACAGGACCUCCGAAAAGGCGACUCCAGCCGAAGCGUCGUCCGGUACCGGUUUUGUUUCGUUUUCUGUUUUCCCGCAAAUGUGUGGACGAAGUGUGCGUCCGUAUUUCUUUCUUGUUCGGUUCGCAAGCCAAACCUUGAUCUGCAAUUUUUAACGCGAAAGUUACUUUUGCGACGAGUACGUAGCUUUACGACAUGGGACGCGCGCCACGUGCAGUUGACGACACGAAAUGGAAAUCAAUGUUCUCGCACGACACAACAGGUUUCGUGACGCAGACGGGUCCUCCAAGAACAGGCACAGUGAUUCUCCCACAGUGUCACUUCUACUAAACACAAGGCGAGGUGAUCGCGGAGGUGGUCGUGGUAGUGCAAGCUCAAGCUCAAGUCCGAGCUCGCGCGUUAGCAAAAAUUCUCUGCGCAGCGUGCAGCGAAGCUCGACGAUGGCAGAACUUGAACAAUCUUCGAGACGAAAAAGCAGCGUCCGUGCUUCUUCCAUGCGAUUGACGAGACAGAGAACCUCUACAAGUGUUUGGGAAAUGGAAACCACGGAGGCGUUGUGCGAGGCUGUGGCGGUGGAUGCAGUGGCGCGUUUUUUGGCUCCGCACUUGCCCGCUUGGACCAAAGGCGGGGGCUCCCCAGGGCACGAUCUGCUACUCCGCGCAAGCAACGAGAUCACCGGCGCGCUCGAGGAGGCAGCGGGGAAGUACGGCGGCCAAGAUUCGCUGGGCAUCGUUGAGCAAGUGCUCGCAGCCGGAGAACGAGUGCCUGGGAGCGUGGCGUUUCUCUGCGUGAAGCGCGGGCACGUCCAGAAAGUAUCCGAAAAUACCAGCACGUCCAACCGCCCGGACGGCGCGUCGCUUGCGAGGCCGCCGCGCGUAUCGAGCAACUCUGGAGGUGCAGCAGCCGCGGCUGCGCGAGGC